AUGGGGAUAUUAUAUGGAAUGGUUGCUAGGGGAGAGGUUGUUUUGGCUGAGUUUAGCGCUAUUCAAAGCAAUGCAAGUGCGAUUGCUAAACAAAUACUUAACAAGAUUAAUCAAGGGACUGAUAAUUACAAUGAUAGCAAUGUUUCAUUUUCGCAUGAUCGUUAUGUUUUUCAUGUCAAAAGAACUGAUGGCCUCACAGUUCUUUGCAUGGCUGAAGAAGCAUUCGGAAGAAGGAUUCCUUUUUCGUUUCUUGAAGAUAUUCAUAAUAGAUUUGUGAAGACAUAUGCACGCGCAAUUGUUUCGGCUCCUGCAUAUACCAUGAAUGAUGAAUUCUCAAGGGUUCUUAGCCAACAGAUGGAUUAUUAUUCUACUGAUCCAAAUGCUGACAGAUUAAACCGUCUCAAAGGUGAAAUGACUCAGGUGAGAACCGUUAUGAUUGAUAACAUUGAGAAAGUGUUGGAAAGAGGUGGUCGUUUGGAAAUGCUGGUUGAGAAAACUUCAGCAAUGAACAGCAAUUCGAUUCGAUUCAAAAGUCAGUCUCGUCGAUAUAAGAAUAACAUGUGGUGGAUGAAUGUUAGGCUAACGGUUACACUUAUGAUUAUUUUUGCCCUGGUCCUUUACAUUAUACUGGCAUUUAUGUGCCAUAGUCCUUUGUUGACUUCAUGCUGGAGAUAA